AUGGCCAUCCCUUUUUCUCUUUCCCAUUUCUACAAGUUAGCCGCCCUGACUCUUGUCGGUGCGGCUGUCACACUCCUCGUGGCAUGGAUCAGGCGUGAUCGUCGGCUCGACAAGAUGCAGGGCCCGAGAGGAUGGCCACUCAUCGGCAUCGGUAUCGGACUGCCUCCCAAGUCAGCCGAGGUCCUUGGCCGGUGGGCUGUCCAGUACGGCGAGGUCUACAAGAUCAGGGUAGGCUGGUACAACUGGGUCGUCAUCAACAGCCCCGAAGCUAUGCGCGACAUUUUUGACAAACAGUCUGUCAGCACCUCGUCCAGGUCUCCUAUGCCCCUUGCCCAUGAUGUUGCUGUUGGUGGCAUGCGCAUGAAUACCUUGCCGUAUGGGAAGAAGUGGCGGGCAUAUCGUGCGAUUGUUCACGGGCUCCUGUCAACCUCCCUGACGGACCAGUUCAACCCGUCGCAGGAGUUUGAGACCAAACAGCUCCUCCACGACUUCGCGUUCAAAAAUGAGGACGGGCGCCAGUUUUAUUGGCACGUACGGCGAUACUUCUUCAGCAUCUUGAUGACAAGCUGCUACGGGUCGCGCGUGGAUAGCUGGGAGCACGAGGACGUGCGCAGCGCCAUCCAUAGUACGAACCUGCUCAGCAAGAUUUCAAAGCCAGGCUCGUUCAUCGUUGACGAGAUUCCAAUCCUCGCCGAGCUCCCGGCCUUCCUCCAGCCCGGCCGGCGCAUGGCAGAGUCCCUGAGGGAGCCAAUCCUGAACGCCAAGCUACGGCUAUGGCGGCGCCUCGAGGCACAGAUGGAAGAAGGCCGGGCCCCAAUGUGUUUUGGCCGCAAGCUACGCGAGAACGACAAGUCGUGGAGGGACCAGGGUCUCACUGACGAGGACUUUGCCUGGAUCGUCGGCGGCAUCGCGGACGCCGGCUCGGGCACGUCGACCGUGACGUUCAACUCGGCAAUCCUGUAUAUGGCGGCGAACCCCGAGGUCCAAGACAAAGCUUACGAGGAGCUGAUGCGCGUUGUCGGCCCGGACCGCACGCCCACGAUCCAGGACCUGCCCAACCUGCCGUACAUCAACGCCUGCGUCAAGGAGACGAUCCGCCUCAAGCCGGUGCCGGUGUGGUGCAUCAAGCGGUACGCCGACGCCGACGUGCGGUACAAGGACUUCAUCAUCCCCAAGGGCACAGUGUUGCUGGGCAACACCAUCUUCUUGGGCUCCGACCCGGCCCGGUAUGACGAGCCGCAGGCUUUCAGGCCGGAACGCUACCUUGGCUUCCCGCGCUCUAGCUUCGAGUACGCCGCCGGCGACCAGACCCGGCGGGACCAUUUCAGUUUUGGCGUAGGUCGCCGAGUAUGCCCGGGGGCCAAGCUCGCCGAGAUGACGCUGGACCUCGCGCUGGCGAACAUCCUGUGGGCGCUCGCCAUCCGCCCGCCCAAGGGCGUCGAGGCGCUCGACGCCGGCCCGGACGCGUGGGACGCCACCGAGUUUCAGGCGCCCAAGCCAUUUGCCGUGCGCUUCGAGCCGCGCAGGCCUGAGGCUUUGGGUUUUGUUAAGAAGCAGUGGGACGCAGGAGUCGAGGAGGGCUAUGUGAUGAAUGGGAGGCGUGUGGACGUGAAAGGGGUUGUACACUAA